UGGAGUUAAAAUCUCGUGUGAAAUCGAAAAUGAUAGUAAAACACCAUCCUGGAGAAGAGCAGAUCGACAUUCAUUGCCCAGCAAUUCACGUUUAUCGGACAGUGAUUUGAUUAUUGAUCCGGUGCAGAGAGAUGCGGCAGGUAUUUAUGAAUGUGUUGUACACGAAAACAAUGGUGUCUAUCCAAUUGCAACCGCCGAAAUAAUUAUUGCUGAUCCGCCACAGAUUACUAUAAGUCCCAAAAUGCCGUUAAAAGUGGGAACUGGAGAAGAAGCUCGUGUUUAUUGCUAUACCAAAGGUGAUAAACCCAUAACCAUUGAAUGGCACUACGAAGGAAAUCGCCCUCUUCCAAACAAUGUGGAAGCCAUCGAUAACUAUCUACAAUUUGACAACAUUUCAAUGGGCAACGGUGGUCGUUAUCACUGCACAGUCACCAAUCGACAUGGACGCACUACAAAAGCUGCAGAAUUAAUUGUAACUUACAACGAGCCGAUCUGCAAUGAAAACGAGUUCCAGUGUAAUGAUGGAUCGUGUAUUUCAAGUCAUUAUAGGUGUGACAAAGCACAGGCUAGACAUUGUCCGGAUGGUGAAGAUGAAGUGGGCUGUCCACGGCGUGGAGGGUGUUCACCUGAAGAAUUUAGAUGCACUGAUGGCUCAUGUAUCGAUCGUACAAAACUUUGCAACGAUUUUGCAGAUUGCACAGGUGGCGAAGAUGAGGACAACCGAAAUUGUUUGCGGCAACCAAAUUAUAACAUCAGAAAUCAAUGGUAUCCUCGGCAGGGACAUUAGUGUGUUUGAUUAUUUUGAAAAGAUGGAUAAAAAGAUGGAUGAAUGAUGAAUAUAGGGACCGAUCGCACAGUAUCUAAUGAAAGUUUUUGACUAAAAAUAUGAUGAAACUUACAACAAUUUAUUCAAUCAAAGAUAAACAAUGCAAAA